UAGUUUGGAGAGCCUAUGGUUGGGUUUACCAGGAUAAACCCUUCUAUUUUUUGUGAACCACUUUCCACACUUGAUUAAAGGCAAUGAAGUGCCAGGAAAGUUGGCAUCGUUUGAAUUUUCAAUGAGAAGGGGUGGAUUGAAAAGUGCAUUCAUCAACAUUGACAGAUGCCCUUUUGACAUUGGUUGAUUUCCUCAUUGUUUCUCUUGGUGGCGUCGCUCGUGUCACGCGUGUCAAUCACCUCUCUUUCAAUUGAGUGAGAUUUUGCGCCAAUUCCUCAAGAACGAGAGCGAUGACCAAUCACCACUCUACCUACUAUCACUACAGGAAACAACCUAUUUGAAGAACAUCGCCAAGAUUAUAAAAUGGACUCGAGCUCAUAACCUAAUCAGUUCGAUAUUGAUCUUUGGUCAGUGAACAUCUCCAUAUUUCAACCUCCCACACUCCCCGACACUAUGAAGAUCCAAUCUAUUGUCUCGUUGGUGGUCUUCUUCGACCUCAUAGGUCACCAAAUCCAAGGGACCUUAGCACAAACUGAUCUCGAAGUGGACGUUCUCAAGGAUUCUUCCAUCCCUCAAACCAUCGAGGCCGAAGCUCCCAUGGAGGAAGUGGUUGAGAAGCUUCCCAUGUGGUAUGACGAUUUAAUACCCGAAAUCACCGAGAUGGACAUUCUUCGCUUUUGCUUGUGCAUUCUGUUACUUCUUGUCAUUAUUGGAAUGAUCUACAAAAGGGCUUGCGAAUUGCGCAUAUACUAUCAACUAAUUGAAGAUUUUCAAAUCAAGCCAUCGGACUUCAACCGCAACAACCUCUUGGACAACGUCGAUGAAGACUACCGCCCCAUUCUGAGCAUGAUCAACGACGUCGAGUUCAAUGGCGAGGACUUCGAGAAUGUCGUCCAGAUGUAUCGGCAGGCCUGCCAAAACCGGAUGAGAAGGGGUAACGUCACCAAUCACCCCCGACAACCUGAACGAUCUCACGGAUGAUAUCACUUUCUAAUACUAAUCUGAUAAUGAUCAUGCAUGUUUGUAAACGCACUGUUUGUAAAUCUUUAAGCAAAUAAAUCCAGCGCUGUCGAACUAAA